CAUUUCUUAAACAACAUUUUGUGCUGAUGAACCAAUAGAAUUUUGAAAUAAACAAAUACGGAGAGCAACAGCGUCACUGUCAUCUACCUGGCUUACCUUUUAUCAUUCAAAUAAGCUCGACAUUGAUUGUGCUUGCUGUUCUAAUAUAAAAGAUGUUCGGCUCUAAUGUUACAUUCAUUGCUCUGUAGUCCACACCAAACUAAAUGACGAUGAACCGUUUGCUUGCAUAUUUCGGUAUUUUUAUUGUGCUCGCACAGAGUGCACUAUGCGUGCCUAUUCCCGUUGAAGAGCCACCAGUCGACCCAGAACUACGUGGUUUCAUCGACGCCAUAUUAUCAGCACUAUCACAGCCUAUUAUGGACGGAUUAGCUUCAACCGGUGUGUCUGCCAUAAAUUCCGGCGGAAAUUUACUCAGCAAUUUAAUGGCCGGGCUGAACUCGAAUCCUGACGUCAUACUCAAUUCGAAUCCUGAACUCGAUUCCGAACAGAUGAUUGUUCAACAAGACGAUCAGAUGCUCGAUGUGUUAGAUGCGCUCCUGGAUCAGAUGAUUUUAGACCAGCCUAUCGGUACGACGGAAACUAUUAACGGAAAUAGCGAAAGGGUGUCGCAAGACGAAAGUGAUGAUGUUCCCGGCACGCCAUUGUAUUUGGUCGUUCUCCCGUGACGAAUGCGAAAAUAAAAUAAGUUUUUGA